CCAUGAUGACCCCUAGAGUAUACCUCGUCGCCGUCGUAGCUUCAGCACUGAUCGCGUCAGCCCUUGCCGCUGCCGCCAGCAAGCUGCCGAAGGACUUUAAGAGGUGCAAAAAACACGACCCUAAGCUCAAUGACUGUCUGAAGGAUGCCAUACAGAAGGCGCUUGUCUCGUUGGAGAAAGGAGCUCCGUCCCUGGGUGUGUUGACUAUAGACCCUCUAAGGGUGUCCUCUCUCACCAUUGACCAGGGAAGUGGCCCAGUUAGCAUCAAGUUGGACUUCAAGAACCUUGACAUCCAUGGUCUGGCCUCCGCCAAGUUAGAUAAAGUCAAGGUGGACUGGGACAAGUACUCAAUAGAGGCUGAGGUCACGGUGCCGAAACCUGUCAGGCUGAUGGGAAAUUACAAGAUUAACGGGAAGGUGCUGAUUCUCCCCAUCCAGGGCAAUGGACUCAGCAAUCUAACAUUAGAGAGUGUAAAAGCGAAACUAACACUCAAGGGCAAGGGAUUGAAAAAGAAUGGUCAAGAACACAUGGACGUUGAGAAGAUGAAGUUAGAAUUUACAACACAAAAGCUGCACAUCUCCCUCAGCAACCUGUUCAACGGGGACAAGCGUCUUGGUGACAACAUGAACACAUUCCUAAAUGAGAACUGGCAGGAUAUCUUGAAGGAGUUGCAGCCAGCCAUCGAAGAAGCUCUAGGACAAACUUUCCGCAUUGUCGCGAACCGAAUCUUCCAUAAAGUUCCGCUAAACCAAAUAUACAUAGAAUAAUAUUUCUUUAGGGUAAACACUGAGAAGCAUCACACAUUGACUAUUCAAAAGGCUGUGAUAUGAGGGUUCUAGAUUGUGGCUAAAGGCACACCUGUGCAGCUCUUACAGUAAAUUUUACGAUGAGUGGGAGAGUCAUCAAAACUAGAGUUUCUAGAGAUGUGGACGAGUUUAUACAAAUUUGUUAGAAAAUAAUGUGAGGUGUAAAUGAUAAUUUGUAGAUUUUUAUUUUCAUAUUUAUUCUCUUGAUUUAGUAUCUAUGAAAUUAUAAAACGAUGGAAGCUGUCACUCUUUUUAAAGAAGGGGGAAGUAAUGAUUUAAAUAGAAAACAUGUUGGUCAUUCUAAUAUUGAAUAAGUUAUAUUUGAUAUCUUUAUAGCUCAGUUUAGUCCCUAAUGAAAAUUGAGAUUUAUUUGGAAAUAAAAAAACCAUUUUAGUUGUUGAAAAGUCAACAACCCCACCUCAACAUUCGACAGAGUAUACUGUAAUGCAUUGUAAUUGUUAUUUAUUUUUAAGUCCAUGUACAUAGUCAUUUACUGAUGUAAAACACAAACUAGAUUAAGUAAGUACAGGACACAAAUAUACUUUUAAGUGGA